GGUGACGCAGAUGAUCUCCCGCAGCCUUGGAGCGUGAUGCUUUCAUCGUCAAUCUCGCUGGGCGGCGGAAGUGGCACCGAGAGGGAGCUGCGUCGGUUAGAGAGGGGAGGGGUGGAGCUGUUCCCACUGCCGACCAUUGACGAGGACGAGAAGGACCGGCCGCCCACACUGCCGUCGGGCGAGUUCAGGUCAGUCAGAACUGCUGCUGCUGACCUGACUGACACACGAGUGGAUGGAAGGAUGGAGAGCUUUAAUGCUCGGCUGCAUUUGGCUGGCCGUCAUUUGCCUGUCUGUGGUGGGUGUGUGUAUGCUUGUGUCUGUCAGGCCGAAGCAGAGUCUGGGUCAGAAUUAUCUGUCCGACCAGAACUAUGUCCGCAAGAUCUGCGACGCCCUCAUCGACACGAGGUACGGCACGUACCUCACGUCAGCGCGACAGUCACAGCAACCAAGCCAUGACGGUGGCAUGGCGUGUGCUGGCCGUUGUUCCUUGCUCUCAUUCAUCCAUCAGUGAAGGUGGCAGCCGUGUGAUUGAGCUGGGUCCCGGUGCGGGUGCGCUGACUCGGCUGCUGCACGAGAGGUACCCCCUCAUGACGGCCGUUGAGCUCGACGAGCGGGCCAUCAGUCUGCUCAGCCGAAACAUACCUGACCUCGAUAUCAUUCACGACGACGUCCUGCAGGUACGCACACACGCUGGCAGACAGACAGGCAGACAGACGGACAGGCUGUCUGUCUGUCUGUCUGUGUAUAUGGCUGUUGGUGUGGCGUGUGCGUGUGUGUGUGUAGGUGAAUUGGAUGAGUCUUGCGCGUGCCAAGGGCGGGCGUGUGUCGGUCAUCGGCAAUCUCCCCUACUACAUCACAUCGCAGGUGAGAGAGAGAUGGAUGGAUGGAUGGAUGUCCCCUCCCCCUUCUCCCUUUCGCUGGUCAGAUCUUGUUCUGCCUGGUGGACUCCUACCCCGCCAUCGACCAGGCAGUCGUCACCACACAGUGGGAAGUGGCCGAGGUGAGUCAGCCAGCCAGGGAGGAAGGGGAGGGACAGACGGCAAAAGCAGUGCAGUGGAUGACUCACACACACACAUAUAUACACGGUUGGUUCCAUGCUCGAUGUGUCAGCGGCUGACGGCCAGGCCGGGUGACUCACAGUAUUCCAUCCUCAGCGUCGUAUUUCAGCUCUACUGCGAGUGAGUGAGCCAAGUCAACACAACACAACACACCACAUCACACACAAGACAAAGCAACACAACACAAAAUCGGGCGCCAUCCAUCCAUCCAUCCAUCCACUCAUCCAUUUCAUGCUGACUUGGUCCACUGAUUCAUUCAGGCCUAGGAUCGUGUUCAAGAUCCCUCCGCAGGUGUUCUUUCCGGUCCCCAAGGUCGACUCGGCCCUCGUCCACCUCAGAUUCCCACAACACCGGCCACCACUUGGCGUCGAUCCCAUACACCUCAAGAAGGCAAGGCACCACAAACACAAACACACACACACGUCCCCUGUCUCCUCCCGGACAUGACGUCUCUGUCUCUAUGUCUCUCGGUGUGUGUCGGUGUGAGCACGCGCCACAGGUGGUGCACAGUGCGUUUCGGCAGCGUCGGAAGAUGUUGCGUCAGAGCCUUAAGGGCGUGGCGCAUGAGGCCGGUGUGGCUUUGCCGCCGCAGUGGGGCGUGCUGCGGCCCCAGGCCAUGACGCCGCAGCAGUUCGUCGAGGUCACCAAGAUACUCUUCGGACCGGUCAGUCAGCCAAUCACUCUGUGCUGUGCUGUGCUGUGGGUGCGUGUGUUAUGCAUCUGUGUGUGUGUGUGUGUGUGUGUCUGCAGGCUGAUGAAGGCCCCCCUCGGCGCGUGUGGCGGAAGGACCAGCACGGGGAGUGGUGAGAGGGGGGAGAAGAUGAGAUGAGAUGAGAUGAGAUGCGUUUGAAAGCAAUGGCCGAGCGAGUCCGCAACACGCAUAGGCAUGACACAUACGCAAACGACUAUGAAGACUCAGAUGUGUGUGGGUGGAGUGCGUACUCGGGAGGGAAUACGAGGGAGGAAUCAGGUAAAUGACGUCAG